UAUACGAGGAUUGGUGGCUGUUGAUGUAUGUAUGCCUUACAUGGUUAUACUAUAUCGAUUUAGUAGUGCAUGUACUAUAGUAGCACUAUUCAAGCGUCGCUUGCUGACGGUUGCUGCUUAUCUGGGCUGGGAGAUCUAUCAUGUGAUAGCAAGCAUCUGGAUGCUUGCGGAUGCUUGCUACGAAGUGGAUGCCAGCCGAUUCCUAGGUCCUGUUUGCUAUGAGGACCAAGACUUUCGGUGUAGCGGUAGAUAGGUGAUGUCGUAACAAGCUAUCCUAAUUCAAAUACUCAACACUUGAUAAUACAGCUGUCAUGCUAAGAGGCACUGGCCCAAGAGACAUCCCAGGCAUCUAGUAUUAACCUUAUCAUUCAGUACGCUUUUUCCCAGAUGUCCCGAUCCCUUCCCAGC